AACAAUGCGCAUGCCAACGUGUAACUUCCUUUUAUAUUUUGUUCCAAGAUGUGUACCAACAACAUGUUGGCAUUUGCCCUUUUCUCGGUUAUUUCAGUCGUAUCAGGGCUAUAUUUUCAUAUCGGUGAAACUGAAAAGAAAUGUUUCAUUGAAGAAAUUCCGGACGAAACAAUGGUUGUCGGCCAUUACAAAGUAGAAAUGUUUGACAGAAAUGUCAAUGACUAUGUCCCUACCGUCUAUGGUCUUGGUAUGCACGUGGAGGUCUCAGAUCCAGAAGAUAAACUUAUUAUGUCUCGGGACUACCUGCCCUCAGCCCCGGGGGUGGGGAUGUUGGUAGAGGUUAAAGACCCAGAGGGAGAAAUUGUCUUGUCCCGGACUUAUGCAGCAGAUGGACGCUUCACCUUUACUUCACAUAAUGCAGGGGAACAUAUAAUCUGUCUCCACUCUAACUCUACAGCCUGGUUCUCCAGCGGACAGUUGAGGGUCCAUUUGGAUAUCCAGGUAGGCGAGCAUGCUGUGGACUACUCACAGAUCCAGGCCAAAGACAAGUUAUCCGAACUGCAGCUGAGGAUCCGACAGCUUCUGGAUCAGGUGGAGCAGAUCACUAAAGAACAAAAUUAUCAAAGAUAUCGAGAAGAGCGUUUCCGACAGACUUCUGAAAGCACAAACCAGAGGGUGUUAUGGUGGUCAAUAGCCCAGACAAUCAUUCUGCUCAUCACAGGAUUUUGGCAAAUGAGGCAUCUCAAGAGCUUUUUCGAGGCCAAGAAACUUGUAUAAUGGUUCUAGUCUAAAGUUUGGGUAUAGUAUAAAAGAAGAAAAUCCUUGAAAGCAGCGAUAUUCAGGAGGAAACUUUAUGAAGAUGUUCAGGAAGGAAUAAGAAGAGUUUAACUAUCAGCGACCUGUUAGAUAAAAUUUUUAAAAGAAUAUAUAAGUGAAAAAUUAAUUUUCUCUUCAUUUCUGAUUGGUUUCAAAUGAAAAUAUUAAGAAAAUAAACUAGCUACAGGUAGUGGAAUAUAGAAUCAGUCAGAAUGUGCAAAAGGGAUAGAUGUAUUUUUAUGCAAUGGAAGAAAUGAACAGAGAAUUUAUUUCAAUUCAUUAUCUUUUUUCGAGGUGAAAGUUUUCCUUUUGUUUUGCGACUAUAUUUAUUAUGAUACAUGUAUUAAGGUGAAAGAGGGUGAACAGGUGUGUGCAUAAUUCAUAUUGAAAGAAAAAAGGGUAUGUAAAUCUUGAGAGCGAGUUUUUAUUCCCAUUUGUGUGUUAUUUGUGUGAAGUGGUUUAAUGAACAGCUGCCUGAUGCAGAAUUGCAUGUGCUUAAAUUCAGUUUGGAGAGAUUUUUGCACAUAUUAGGAUGAUCAUGGGACUGUUCAAGGGAUAGUAAAGUUCGUUUUGUUUAAAAUAUUCUAAAGAAUUAAAAUGAGUUCAAUUAACUCAAACAUAUAUUUCCAAAUUUAAAAUAAUUAUCUUCAAAUUACAUCCCCAGAAUUUUUGCUUCCUUGACAAAAAUUCAAUCUGCUACAUGUCUAUAAGUUAGCUGGCUCCUAAUGUAAAUUUAGACAGACAUGCAUUCAUUUCAAACAUUUUAAAUAUCAUUUAUUUAUCUUUUUUAUGAUAUUAGUAAGGAAUAAGAUGAUUGGGGUUGAGAAAAAAAUUCACCAAAAUGAGCUUUACUACCUCUUUCAUUGUUUUAGAUAAUAUAUGUAUGAUCAUGGUUUUAUGAUAUUUCACAUUUGAGGUAAAGUAAGAAACCCCCCAAAAAAGAGAGAGAGAGAGAGAGAGAGAGAGAGAGAGAGAGAGAGAGAAGCAGAAAGUAAUCAUAGCAGCUGUGUUUGACUGAUAGUGUUGUUAAAAUUGUUACUUUUAAGGCACAGACAUUGUUGUAUUAAUUUUUUUUCUAUACAUUAAGAACACACGUCUUUAAAUUUCUUCACGUUUAGAAUUUGUAUUUAAAUAAACAUACAGCUCAUCGUCAUUCCACUGCAUUGAUGAAUGUUCCAAGAUUUGAGAUAUUUUCAAGAACAUAUGCUUUAAGUCUGUCUAUUUUCACUCUUUUAAAGAUUGAGUGUGAAUGUGUGAUUUGUAAUAAAUCUUCAAAAGAAUG